UGGUCUAAACACCUUGAGGAACUGAAAAGUAAGCGGGACGCCCUUCGUAAAGGAGGAACUGAAAAGAAAGCGGGACGCCCUUCGCAACACCUGACUGGAAGAACGGAAGACGUACAAGCCUGGAGACGACAAUCAGCUGUCCUUAGGCACGCCCUUCGCAACACUGCUGAUCAGACAGGAAGAACGUAA